AUGCAGAUCCCUUUUGUCGGCUUUCAACCAGUGCGCACAUCCGAACACAUGCCAGCAUUUGGCGUCUUCGGUCUUCUUCAGAUUGUUGCUGCAAUGCAGUACGCCCGUCAACGUGUAUCUCGUCAGCAGUUUAUGACCCUGUUCGUUGGUGGAUUAACUGCAGUUGGUUGCCUAGCAUUCGUCGUCUACUUCGCUUUGGUCUGGGGAGAUUCAUAUCCCAAUCAUUGCGUCAGUCUCGGAACAUCAACCCACAACCUGGGUAUCAUUUUUUCUUUUGAUCUACAUAUCACAGCGGCUGUAUUCCCAGUCGGAGUGUGGUACUGUGUGAAGAAUGUUAAUGAUGAGCGUGUCUUCAUUAUCCUUUACGCGGUGUCUGCCGUGUAUUUUGCCGGUGUGAUGGUUCGUCUCAUGUUAACCCUCACUCCAGCUGUGUGUGUAUUGUCAGGGAUCGCCUUCUCGUACACAUUCGAAAAAUAUCUACGUGAUGAUGAAAAGUCGUCGGCGAAAUCCGAUUCGGAUCGUCAGAUGUACGACAAAGUCACCAAGAAAGGAAAGGUACAGCAGGAUGUGCAUGUUGUGGGUGUAAGUGUCGUCGUGUGUAUCGUCAUUGUUCAGCAUGGUGUUCUUUCUAUGUUUCUGUGUGUUAUUUUUGGGAAUAUAAGA